CUUUUGUACUUUUUUGUAUGAAAAACUGGAAAUGCAACAGUUUGAAGUCUGAAAGCAUCCUAGCAUUCAGCUAAACUUUGCCUCUUCAAGAUACAUUGUUUUUACUUAUUUUUUUACCUAAUUUUUUUAGUAAUACCACAGCACAGCUGAAGGGGUACUGUAGCAAGCUAUACUUUUGUGUAUUACCCAAGGAUGCAGUCCAGGUUUAGAAUUCCGAACUGUGACAGUAGUCUGGGACCUGGCAAGCUGCUGAAAUGAACAGUAAAUUGAGACUUCUUAACUGGAAGGUGAAAGAGUGUGUUUCGGAAGGUUUUGUGCACGCUGUUGUCUUAAUACUGCGAAGAAAACAAAUCUGUGUCUUUAGUGAAUGCCUGCCACCAGGUUAAUAACAUACAUCUUCAGAGAUAGUUAUCCUUACAUGUAUUCACAGGCUUCCUGUGCCCCCUUUUCUGCUUGUCUGCAGCCUUCAAGUAUUUUCCUUGGAAUUCACCAAAUCAAAAAUGAGUACGUCUUUCAUCAUCCCAUGUAUCACGGCACUAUUAUUUUGUCAUAUUGUUUUCUUAUAUCUGGUAUUCAGUGAUUUCUAAGUACUGUUAUAGUAAGAACAGACUGGACGUUAGUGGGAGAAUAGAGUGUUUUAGGAACUAUAUAGUCAGAUCAGAUUUACCAGGAAUGCAGUUUGAAAUGUCCUUCAGCCUUUCUGCUUUUCUUGUGACUGGACUGUUUAAUUUGUCCUUGAGCAAUUCUGCUUGUCUUGUUUUGGAACUGUUUGGAACUGUUUAUAUGAGCUGAGUGAUUUGCUUUGUUGCUCUUAGAUGAGUUUGUUUCUCCUGUGAUGUGUUACAAUGCCAUCUGCAUUGACUGACUUGAAAAAUUGCAGUCAGAAAGUUUCUAGAAGUUGCAAUUGCAUUUGUGUUGAAUAAUGAAGAAUGAGUGCACAAAUCACAAUUUCUCGUGUCUCAGGACAGUGCUGCAGAGCCAGCAGCCUUCUCAAAGCUGUAUCCUGGUUUUUGUCUGUAUGCACAUUUGGCAGCAGUUUUUUCACAUUGUCUCCUCCAGAAGGCUUGUCACUUGAAUAGCAGUGCUACAAUUAUGCUCAACCUAUAAGUAGAGUGGAUCUUUUGAAAACUAUUCUCAAACAAAAAGCUUCAGUUAAUGUUUACAUAUGCCACUCCUGUUUUGAGGGAUUGUACUAGACUUUACAGUAUUUCACCAAACCUCAUUGUGACAUGUAGGUGAAAAGUGGAAAGGGGGGUGUGAUUCUGUCCUUUCAAAUCAUUAGGCUGACAUAACUGAAAAGCUGCUUGCACAGCUUCCUUUUAACAAAUGCCAAUUUCCUACUUCAGCUGCUAGCGGCAGAACCCAAAACAAAUCAGAUGUCUGGGACCAUGAUCCUGGCAGUGAAGGUGGACUCCAAGCAAUAUGUUCUUGCCAAGUACCUGAUGGAGUUGUGCAUUGGGGACUAUGAUAUGGAUCACCUCCCUCCAUCUGGGAUUGCAGCAGCUGUUUUCUGUUUGCCUCUGAAGCUCCUUAAUGGAUGUGAGUUGUUACCAUCUCUGCAACAUUACAUGUUUUACACUGAGAGUGACCUUCUACCAAUUGUGCAGUAUAUGGCAAAGAAUGUAGUCCUUGUGAAUCAGGAUGCUGCCACCAGAAGGAGAACAGCAGGUCAGGCAGAAGGAUUACGGCGCUUUGCCUGCUGCUCUCAGCGAUAUUUUUUAUUUUCUUUUGCCUUCACGGCGCACACCACCCACACGUUCCCGCGCUGCCCUCAGGCCGAGCCCCGCCCCGCUGCUCGGCGCAGGCGCGGGGCGCGCGGGUCGCCGGGAGACGCGCGGUUUGGAUGAGGGCGAUGGCGGCGCUGCUCAGGAAAUUGGAGCAGGAGC